CUGACGUUCACUUUGCCCUUGGAUCAACGCUGUCAGGCUGCCAUUCCAGUGUUCCUCCAUUUGUGACCUGUUUCUGUUUCCCAGAAACAAUCCUCGUUAUUCCUGGACCUGCCAGUAUUUUCCUGAGUUUACAAAGAUCGACAAUAAAGCGGUCCGCUACUGUGUUAAUGAUUUUUGAGUGAGGCGAGUUGACCACGUGCCACACCACAACCACCCCUGUACCGUUCUAACCGUCUCACCAACAAACCCGCAACCACCGCCAGCCAAGUAGAGCCCAUCUGUUGUGCCAGUCAUGGACUCCAUGGACAAACCUCUGCCCAACGAUGAUCCCUCAGUCACCCUGACCAUUCGACUUAUUAUGCAAGGCAAGGAGGUUGGGAGCAUCAUUGGAAAGAAGGGUGAAAUUGUUAAAAGAUUUAGAGAGGAGUCUGGUGCAAAGAUCAACAUAUCUGAUGGCUCUUGUCCCGAACGAAUUGUCACUGUCACUGGACCGACAAAUGCAAUUUUUAAAGCUUUCACCCUUAUCUGCAAGAAGUUUGAAGAGUUCCAGGAGAUGCAGGGUGGAGGAGGGGGCGGUUCGGGCAUCCCCCGACCUCCGAUUACCCUGCGGCUCAUCGUUCCCGCCUCGCAGUGUGGAUCCCUCAUUGGAAAGGGUGGCUCAAAGAUCAAGGAGAUACGAGAAGUCACGGGAGCAUCCAUCCAGGUAGCAUCGGAGAUGCUGCCAAACUCGACGGAACGUGCUGUCACCAUCACGGGUACCAGCGAAGCUGUCACUCAGUGCAUCUACCACAUUUGCUGCGUCAUGCUUGAGUCUCCACCGAAGGGCGCCACUAUCCCGUACCGGCCCAAGCCGCAGGUUGCGGGACCCGUGAUCCUGGCUGGUGGUCAGGCUUACACCAUCCAGGGUAACUAUGCGGUGCCGGCCCACGCUGCCGACGUAAGUACAAUGCCCCUGUUGCACCGUGCGGGUCCGGGGCCGGCGAUGCCGCCCGUGCCCGUGUCAGUGUCGCUGUCGGUCCCCCCCGGCGUGGGGCACCCCCACCCCCAGUUGGGCCUGCCCCCCUCCCCUGCACUGCUGGCCGCCGCAGCCACCGGGCUCGCCGACCCGCUGCUGAAGAACGGCCACCUGGCGGCUGCUCUGCCUCCCGCCCACCUCGCUGCCGACAAGAUGGGGAUGGGCAAUUCCCCAUUGGCUGGCCUGGCUGCUCUCGGACUCGGUGGCCUGAACGCUGGCACAACAGGCGGCCUCAAUCCAGCAGCUUUGGCCGCCCUGGCGGGAAGCCAGCUACGCACGAACAACCAGAACCGUGCACAGCCUGGAGCUAACCAGCAGACCCACGAGAUGACAGUCCCAAAUGAGCUGAUUGGUUGCAUAAUUGGAAAGGGUGGCACAAAGAUUGCAGAGAUUAGGCAAAUUAGUGGUGCUAUGAUCCGCAUCUCAAAUUGUGAGGAACGUGAAGGUGGGCCAACUGAUAGGACCAUAACAAUCACAGGCAAUCCAGACUCCGUCGCACUGGCGCAGUACCUGAUCAACAUGAGGAUAUCUAUGGAAACAGCUGGGAUGCCACUGCCAGGUUACCAUUACAUUGCACCAAAUCAUAUUGUCAAAGCUCCAAUUCAUUAACUAAGAUGGUAUAUUAUUUUAAUUUGACUUCCUGAUAGGAAUGGUCUUCAAAAGUCAUUUAAAGCAAGUGAUGCAGCACUCACUGUACAUUGUUAAGUUUUGGUAAAGUUGAUGCACAUUAAGAGACAUAGUCUACUGUAUACUGUUUAUGAUAAAGAAGUGAGGUUCAGCAGAAAUAUCUGUGAAAAUUGGAAUUGUAGCAAACUGACUUUUGUGUGUUUAUUUUCUUUGGAAAGCCAUGGUAAAGUCAAAGAAGAAAGAACGGACUUAAGUUUUAAUACAGGCAGAGCUUUAACAUCAUUGGCAAGUUGCUAUCCCAUUGUAUUAUUUAUUUUUAACACAGUAAGUUAUUCAAAAAUGUUUUAAAUUAGUGGAAUGACAAUUUGCCAUGUGAAAAUUUAGCUAGGAGGUAAAAGGGGAUCAAGCCAAAGAUUUUUUUUGUUUUGUUUAUUGUAUGUAAUAUUUUACAGUGGUUACACUCUUAAUUGCUCCUGUUAUUGUCAUUUAAUGGCAUUCCCUUCAUGAAGUUGUUAAUGUUAGCAGUAAUGAUUAGCUAUGAUAAGUGUUUUCUUUUCUUGAAGAGCAAAUUCUCACUGCCCAACAGAAAAAGUAAACCACAUAAUGGGCUUAGAAUGAAAAUCAUGUUUGUUGUUCAGUGCCCUUGUAAUUUUAUUGUACUGUGACAUAUUACACUGUCAACACAGUUGUGGCACAGUAUUGUGACUGGGUAGUGAAUCAGUUGGCAAACAUUUUAGUCUUCCUUGACCUGUUGAAAUUUUCAUCAGUUUUAUACGUAUCUUAAAUCUAGCCAUAUCAGUGUUUCAUCUUAAAACAUAAUUGAUUGCUAUAAGUGAUUUGUACUGAAAUUACAUGGAAACUGAAUCAGUAUUUUAAGAUAUGGUGUUUCUCAGUACACUCUCACAAAAGCUGCUCAAGUUUUUCAGUAUUGGCAUAAGAGUGCUGGUGAGAUCAGUGUGUAAAUACUAUACACACAUAGAUAAAUAGGGAACAGUUUGGGAGUGGGGGCGAAUAAUCAAAAUUACACCGUUUGUUGGAGUUCUCAGUCAAUACUUUACAUAAUUGCUAUUGAUUCAUAUCAUUUUGGAGAAAGAAUCAUAUCACACUAGGGCACAUGUAAAAUAUUUUAUUCAUUUUCUGUGAUGUUCUGUGAACAUCUUGGUUAUAAAAAUGUUAGCAGUUUACAGAUGCUCUGUGCUUAGUUAUUGUUAAAGUACUAACUGAAAUAAGCAUGUCAUUAAAAUGCUUUUUUACAAUCAUCUAGUCAUGAAAGCAGCUGAUGAAAUAUUGCAAAAUACUGAUUUAAGAAGUUGAGUGCUGUUGAGUAGGUAUACUGAGUAUAAAGUAGGGACUGAUAACUUGAAAGAAUGCAAACACAUUAGUACGAUACCACAUAUCCCCCUAUUAAUACAGUUGUCAGAUUUGCUUCCAUUACAUAUCCUGAGCACUAGUUCAUGUGCCAAAUUAUUUACAGUUUUAAAAUUUAGAAACCAUAUAAUGCACAUUUUAAGUGUUCUAGUAGAAAGACUUCUAUUAUUAUACCAACAUAUACUUCAUUCUUCUGUAAAAGCGUACUGUGAAUAGUUAGUAUAUUUUGUGUACUCUGUUUAUAUAAAAAAAAAAAACUGUGUGUCAAAGCAAACUGAAGUUUUAUGCAAACCAACUUGUAUGCAGAAUGACAGUAAAUUAUGGAGAUAUAAACUUUUUAUAUUGAGGAGGCUCCUUUUGGAGUUGUGUAGUUUUGUGUGUCUUUAUUUAGGUAUCUGUCAUUCAGUUUUUAAGAAUUGUAUUUUUAAGAUCUGGAUAGGACCACAUUUUUGCUGUAUCACAUACUGUAAUUUGUGUUCAUUAGCUACUUUUUUUAUUGAAAAUUAACUUUUACAAAUCAUUCUAAUUGGAUAUAACAUACUUCAUAUUUUGCGUUUUAUCUGGUCAAGUGCUUAUUGUGGUGAUACAUUACAGUUUAAUUGACUCUUAUCGGCAUAUAGUCCUCGUUUUGUAAUAAGCAAUUUGCAAGGAAUUUGGUUGUUUGCUGCUCAUUUAAGUAAUAUAUUGAAUUACCUUGCUGGUUUGUAAAUGCUAAAGCUUCACCAGUUGCCGUUACGUGCAUUUUGUUUUAAAUAUUGUAUAUUAUUAUAAAAAAAUUGUUUGUGUCUGAAAGUAGUCGGGGCUGAUAAUCAUACAAAAACUACAUUAAUUUGUAAGAAUAUUUUUGUGAUGGGGCUUGGAAUGUGUUGUGUGCUGUUGUGGCACAGAAUUAGUAUCAGUGAAGAAGGCUGGUCAGUGUGUCACCUAGUUUCCUUCUAAUCUAGUCAUUACAGUAGGGAUACUGAUAUGGCAAAUCAUAAUACUACAAUAAACACUUUGUGCCAUGUGUAUACACUUACAGUACAAAAUAAUUUUGUCUUUGAUUCUUUAAGAUUUUUGUAAGUAUGCAUUGGCAGACUUCAUUACUUAAAAAUAUCAGAUCUACAUAUCUUUUAGUAUACUUAUUUAUUUUAAUAACUGAUAUACCAUUGUUAGCACAUUUGUGCUGAUCUUGAUGUGACAGAGGGUAAAUGAUACAUAAAAGAUAUGUUAUAAUAACUUGUGUACAAUAAAUACUUCUCUCUGAUACACAGUAGUUCAUAGGUUAUUGUAAAACAUUCUUAAAAAUAAGAGAUAGAGUUGUUGUCAUUUGGCAUCUGGACAAUCGUCAAUAUUUAGUAGAGAUGAAUGUUUUUAAGUGCACUAAGCUCAUAAAUAUUUAUGUAAGGCUGUUUAUACUAAACUAUAUGUCAGUUAUCUCUUGUAGGUUGAUAAGCUUAAGUAUAAUUUUCAAUGUGUUUGUUUUUUAGGAAUUGUGAGCAUUUAAAAGUUCACUGCACUGCAUAUAUUUGUUGUAAAAUUAUUUGCAAUAACUUAUAAAUUUUAGUGUUUUUUACUAAUGCAGAUAGUGGAUAUCUUUCAGAAGGUAUUUUUAUGCAGAAAGAGCAAUGUUUUUCUCAUGCUAGUCUAAAAACAGAAAUAGCUAUUCUUGUUGAACAAUAGUUUCUUCCAUGUUAGACAAGUGCAUUAUGUGUUUGUUGGUAAACACUUUUUGAAGAGCCUGCAGAUGGCUCUUCAGUAAAGUGAGGUGUACAUUUUGGAGAGUGAGCAUUAGAGAACUGUUAAUAUAUUUACUAAAAACUAUCUAUAUUAAGAUAAUGUGUGUGCCAAAAAAGAAAAAAAAACUGCAGUUGAUUCACAAUUGAAAAUGUUCAGUGCCAAAGUACAUUUCGUAGUUUUCAAAAGAAAAUUACUUUCAUGCAGUUUAAUGUAAAAGAUAGUCUUGUGAAUUGUAAGAUUUCAUAAUAUAUACUAUAUAAUAUAUAAAUAUUUAUAUUUCGUACAAGAACUUUGUUUUUGCUAUGCAUUUUAUUUAAAAAGGAAGUAAUAUACAUAAAAGUGUAAUAUAUAUACAUAUAUCUAUAUAUGGUCCGUACCGAAAAUGAAGAGUUUUGCUUCAGACGUUAUAAAACAAGUAACUUUACUCUUGUCUUUAUCUUUAUAUUUAAAUUGGUUGUAUUGGAUGUCAGAGCAAGCUUUCGUAGUAUCUAUGAACUUCUCAACAAUAAUGAUCGUUUCUAAACGGGUUAGGAAAUAAAGGGUACAAACUACCUGUGUUUUCAGGGAUUAAGAAGACUAAAAAGUCUGUCUACCCUUCAUGUCACAAUGUUUCCUGCCCUACUGUCCUUCUUAUCUCAAGCUUUAGGUCCUGUUUUUUAUUUCUCAGUGUGUUGGUCGGUUCCUUAGGAAUCCUUUUUUCACCAGAAACUGUGGCUAGUGCAUAAUAUACUGAAGAUGGUUAACAUUAAGCAUCCAGGAAAAACCUAUUCUUCCAAGAGCCAAUAAUGAUAUUGUUUUACCAACUGUGAAUCUGAUAAACCAGGUAAGGUAGAUAAUCCAUCCCUCUGACCUCCCUAAGUGUAUAACUGUAGAGAAACCAGGUGUGAAAAUAGGAUGAUGAUCUUGUAAACCCACGUAUUCCCCUGCAUGUAGAGAAGGAAGUUGAAAUAUGAUGCUGCUCCAUCAAAGAAAUUCAGUUGGUCUUGCUUCAUAGAAGAAAUUCAGUUGGUCUUUAGUCAUGUUCACACUGUACUAACUAGUAAUAAUAAUUGAUGUCUUUGAUCUAUUAAAUCAUGGUUUUUCACAGGAAUGUUAGCUUACCAGUUUUCUUAUUUUUAUGAUUUGUCAGUGAAUAACCAUGUGAUUUAGCACUGUGUUGUAUUUUCAAGCUGUUUAGUCCAAAGCUGUUCUUUCGUUGCAUUUUUGUUUGCAGUAUCAUUUAUUUCAACUUUCUUACGCUCCUGAUUGAGGCAUUUGAUAUGACCUGGAUUCUGAUGCAUGUGCAAUAAGAUGUCCCUCUUUGUAAGUUAUUUAAAGCAAAUACUGUUGAGGAAAGGGUAGGCAGAAACUAAUAAUAUUCUUAGAGCUCAGAGCAAUAAUGAGGAAAUAUUUUGAGUUGAAUGUGGAACAUAAUUACUUGUGAACAGUGUUACAGGGGCCUUAUAUGUUGAGACACCCAUCUUUGGUGACUGAGUAUGACUUUCCAAGCUUUGUCAGUGGUUGCGAAAGGGGGUGGAUUGCUGUUCUAUUUGCUUAUGAAAUAUUGGCAAUGUCACGAAUGUCAUUGCUUCCAAAAUUUAUCAGUUUGAGGAAAAUUUUCUCUCUAAACAAGAAAAAUGAGUUAGUUUUUCAGUUGUUUACAGAAAAAAUAUUGAAAACUUUUCCAUUUUGGGCUUAGUCUGUACUUUCCUAAAUGCCCAAUAAAUAGUUUAUUGGAUAAAACAACGGAAAUUUCUUGUAAGAAAGGCAAUCAAGUACUGUUAAUAAAUAGUUCUUUCUUCCAUUGUAAACUUUUAAAGGUGUUUUAACAGAUGUUAAAUUAUCUAAUAUAAAUAUAAUUUAAACAAAAUUUUAAAGAUAUCUUUUAUAAAAUUGUUGAAGUUUUUGCCUGAUAUUGUCAUUUUUUAUAAAAUGAGACAAAAGUGUUCUGUGUUAAUUUAAAAAGCUGGUCUGGUAAAUUUAACCUUAAGAAUUUUAUUCAGGUUAUGAUUUACAAUUACUGCUAAAAUAUCAGUAAUUUUUAUCAUGAAGUUAUUUUGUCUUGGUCAUGGCUACAAUGUGUAAAAAGUGGGUCUAUGUUCUGCUAGAAAGUUUUAAUGCUUUUAAAUUGUGAUAACAGAACACUUCUAGUUCUUUACUGAAAAAACUGAUAUUGUGAUGGAUGACUUUCCCAGUGGAAACUACUUUGUGUAGGCUGUGCUAUGAAUCUCAUAUUGGCUACUAGGUUGCAGCUUGUGGCUCAUCUCAUGUGCAAAGCGUAAUAGGAAAGAUAAGUUUCCACUUUUGUAGUAUAAAUCAUAACCUAAAUAAGUGUCUCCCUCUCUACAGCAAAUGAUGAUUAAGCCUGUGUUGAUAAUUCCAGUGAUUAUUUCUUAUGAUUUUAAUAAUUAGUAAACAUUUGAGUGUAUUUGUGAGGUUAGAGUAAGAACCCAGUAUGAACUUUCAGGAAAGUAUCUAUUGGAUUACUUUGUACAGAAGUUUAAAUUUUUUGGGUGGGUCCUUAAUGAAUUUAAGGCUCUAGUCAAAUUGUAUACACAAAUUUUUAUCCUAUAUUUUCUCUCCAACAUUGAUUGUAUGUACUGAACUAUAUGUCUGUGAUGCAAAUGCUGCUGCUACAUGAUCACAAAGAGCAACAUUCCAGAUUUUUCAUUUUUAAAUGUGCUUUUUCCUUUGCUUUCCAAAUUUUGGACUGAACCUUACAUGUGAAUCUGUUUGAAUUUAAACUGGUUCCAAAGCCACCUAGUAGCCUUUUGUGUAUAUAAGUGAGGUGCGUUAAUAUUUAUAUAUAAUAUAAAUGCAGUGUUAACUCAGGAAAUGUGCGUAUGCCCUUUUGUGCAGUUAUAAUAUCCUUGAGCGCUGUGUUGCCACAUGUUUAUUCACUUGUAACUCCUGAGCAGCAUAUUGUGCAGAAACUGCAGGAAUAGUGUUUUUGAGUCACAAUUGUAACAUUCAAGUGGACCAUGUGGUAACCUGGGUUCAGAAACAUCAACAACAGACCAGAUACACCCGUCAGACUAGAGUAACCACAUUGUCACCCAAAUUAAAAUCCAUUGACAGGACACCCAUUUUUCUAAAAAAAAAAAAAGAGACGAUGGAAGAAGCUUUGUCAGUUUACCAUCACAACC